AACUAUUAUUCUCUAAGUCAUAAAGUCAUUUGCUCAAGUGUUUGUGUUAACAUAUUUUGUUUGCAUUUGUAGCUCAAUGGUGGCGGAUGUAUGGUUCAGAUACUCCAUAUUUGCAACAACUUGCAAUAAGGAUCCUUAGCUUGACAUGUAGUGCUUCGGGUUGUGAACGUAAUUGGAGCGUCUUUGAGCAAGUUCAUACCAAGAGAAGGAAUAGACUCGAGCAUAAAAGACUACAUGACUUGGUAUUUGUCAAGUAUAAUCAAGCACUCCAUCAAAGGUAUAACCUUAAGGAUGAAAUCGAUCCCAUUAGUCUCAAUGGGAUUGAUGAUUGCAAUGAGUGGCUAAUUGGAGAGAUGGAUGAGGAAGAAGGUGAAGAUGAGAGGGUUCAUGAAGGAGAUGAUGACCUUACUUGGAGACAAGUUUAUCAAGCUUCAGGACUUGAUGAGCCUAGACAAUACACUAGGCGUCACAAAAGGAGAGGAGCAAGUGGGGAGGAGCAAGUAGGAACAUCUACUAAUCCUUCUAAAAGAGCCAAAGGAUUAGCUUCAAAGAAUAAGGGGAAAAGGGUUGAAGAAGUUGAGACAUCAGAGGAUUCUAGCUCUAGCAGUGAGGAGGAGGAACCAAAUGCUAAUCUCAUACAUUCAGAUGGAGAAGAAGCUGAAGGAUUUUUGAAUGAAAAACAUCAUCAUGUAGAAAUUAAUUAUGCAGACAUUGAUGAGGAUGAAGAGUGAAGGGGAUUAAACAAAAUAGUUUUAGGAAUGACAAUUGUGUUUUGCUAUUUUUUAACAUUGUUGCUUUGUUUUGAUGGCUGUUUUUGUUUAUGUUUAUGUUUCUUAAUGUGGCUGUGU